ACUGUUUAAACGUCAAUGCCAGUGUACGAUUCCUUGUCAGUCCACACACGCGGAUAUGAGCAACGCCAAGGAUUCCAUUAAUCAACUCGGCUUCACCCCGGUGGAUAUACACUGAUACAGCCGAACAGAUAGCAUCUACUUCAUUCUCACUCACACGGUUGCAGGUUGAGCAGGAAUUGCAUACACUAUUUUUCGUGGAUGGUAAUGCGGUACAUUCUCAUGGAUUUCCAAUGUUCUAGUGAUUGGACUCAAACCCGGGAAAAGUAAAAGGACAGGUGCGUGUUGAAGGAGCCCAGGUGUAGCAGCUGAGCCUGCGUUGGACAUGGGACCCUAUCUUAGCUUUGGGGAAUACAGUGCGGGAGGAAUAGCGUCUUCGUGAAGGAAAGCUGACUUCGGGCUGAAGCGGGAAUCUGAGGCACUGCGCGCGGCAGAAAAAUGCGUUCCAACCACGGCUUUAUCUUGCUUCUCCUUAACGGAACAGCGUGCUUGCUGGCCCUGGGUCAAGAAGAUGACUCUCCAAGCCCCAAGAGCUCCUCAGCAGACGGGUCGUCCUCUAAGACGGUGGGUCUCCUGGGAAGUCAGACUCCCCUUUCCCCCCUGAGUCGCUGGAUGCUCCAGAGUAAAAGUCGGGCAGCCAAUGCCACCUCCCUGGAGCUGCCCUACCGCUCACCCAUACCCUUCUCCAAGCAGGAGUUCUGGGAGAUGCUGGGUAGUGACCUGAUGAAGCCAGACACCUCCUCUUCCUCCCGCGUCAAACGCCGGCCCAUCGUCAAGACGGGCAAGUUCAAGAAGAUGUUUGGCUGGGGAGACUUUUACUCUAAUAUCAAGACGGUGCGCCUCAACCUGCUGAUUACCGGCAAGAUCGUAGACCAUGGCAACGGAACGUUCAGCGUCUACUUCCGCCACAACUCCACGGGCCAGGGCAACAUCUCAGUCAGCCUGGUGCCGCCGGUCAAGGCGGUGGAGUUUGACCUGGAGCGCCAGAGCGUGGUCUACCCCAAGGACUCUAAGAUCUUCAACUGCCGCGUGGACUAUGAGAAGGUGGACCGCAGCAAGCGCACGUCGCUGUGCAACUACGACCCGUCCAAGACCUGCUUCCAGGAGCAGACACAGAGCCAUGUCUCCUGGAUCUGUUCCAAGCCCUUCAAGGUCAUCUGUAUCUACAUCUCCUUCUACAGUACAGACUACCGCCUGGUCCAGAAGGUCUGCCCGGACUACAACUACCACAACGAGAUGCCCUACCUGCCCUCGGGCUAGAGGGGGACACACAGGAGGGGGAGAGGAGGGACGAGGGAGGAGUGACUCUGUAGGGUGAGGGGCCACCAGAUUGAGCUGGAUUCAACGUUUUAUGUCAUUUGCUGCAACGCCUCACCAGACAACCCCUCGCUGUAGCCAGACUACUGUACCCUGUAAAAACGUAUAUAUGCAAAACAUACAGUAUGCACAGUGAGGCAUUGAUAUUUAGAGUGCUGUAAUGAAGCAUUCAUCGACAGGAACAGUAGUAACUAGCACGCCCAACAUCAUCACACACGUUUACCUCAACUCAAACCUCUAAUUUCGCUACCUACUUUGCUAAAUACAGAAAACACCUACAAACAUCUAUGAAUGUUUUCGUGAACUACUGCACACUGUCAUUCAGGCGAGGUAGCACUCUACUUUCAAAAGGGCAUCUUCCAUUUGUUUCUGUAUGGACCCUUGUCCCAAUCUUUCCCAAUGCUCCCACAUCCCACCUCUCUCUCUCCCCACCCCUAUGUCAUCCCGAUAGGCUAUCCCACCCCUCUCUCUCCCACCCCUAUGUCAUCCCGAUAGGCUAUCCCACCCCUCUCUCUCCCCACCCCUAUGUCAUCCCGAUAGGUUAUCCCACCCCUCUCUCUCCCCACCCCUAUGUCAUCCUGAUAGGCUAUCCCACCCCUCUCUCUCCCCACCCCUAUGUCAUCCCGAUAGGCUAUCCCACCCCUCUCUCUCCCCACCCCUAUGUCAUCCCGAUAGGCUAUCCCACCCCUCUCUCUCCCCACCCCUAUGUCAUCCCGAUAG